GUGCCUUGCUUCCAGCAGUAGAUGGCGUCCCCGUCCAGCCUGAUGCGAGCACUGAGACAGCUGAGUCACACAUACAUUUAGACCCAGAUAAAUAGAUACUGUGCGAAAAAGAGCGGCUAGAGUCGAGAAAUUGCCGUGAAUAGACUGAUUUUUGACCCCAGCUGUCUCUGACACCGCGUCGAAAGAUGCUGACGAUAACAAUGAAGACCCUCCAGCAGCAGACGUUCAAAAUAGAAAUAGACCCAGAAUUGACGGUGGAAGCCCUGAAGGAGAAAAUAGAGGAGGACAGAGGAAAAGAUGCAUUUCCUGCUGCAGGACAAAAACUCAUCUAUGCAGGCAAAAUCUUAAAUGAUGACACCCCGCUGAAAGACUACAAAAUCGAUGAGAAAAACUUUGUGGUGGUCAUGGUUACGAAGCCUAAACCAGCCCCUACUCCACAAGUAGCCCCUCAGCCAACUCCCCAACCAGCUGCAGCUCCAGCACCUCCCUCAGCCUCUGGCCCAGCACCGGCCUCUGGCCCAGCACCAGCCUCUGGCCCAGCACCGGCCUCUGGCCCAACACAAGUUCUCUCCACACCGACACAUACAGUGUCUGCACCCACACCUGUCCCACAGUCAGUGCCUCUCUCUGAAACCCCGCCUCCAGUCCCAGAAAACACCCCGCCGGCUUCUGUUGAAGCAACAGCGGCUCUGGACUCAAACACAGCCCCAGACUCGGCUUCAGCCGUUACUCUAGCCUCUGACCCAGCUCCAGCUCCAGCUCCAGCUCCAGCUCCUGAAGCUGUUCAGACAGUCCCGGCCUCUGCCCCUGCAGACCGCCCCACCCCUGCUGCCCAGCCAGAAGAGAAGCCAAGGGAAGACCCUGAGAAUCAACCAUCUGCCACUGCACCAGUUCACUCCUCUGCUUCCAGCCUUGUCGAUGAACUAGGACUUCUUGAAGAAGCAGCGUCAAUACUGGUGACAGGUCCAGCCUAUGAGAACCUAGUUUCAGAGAUUAUGUCUAUGGGUUAUGAGCGGGACCAGGUAGUCGCUGCACUCAGAGCCAGUUACAACAACCCAGACCGAGCAGUGGAGUAUCUACUCAUGGGUAUUCCAGCAGAGGCCAGUGAUCUGCCGCCUCAGGAGCCAGUUAGACACAGUGCUCCAUCCAACCCCCCCACCUCUACUACAGAACAACCACAGCAGCCCCCAGCAGACUCAAACACAGGGCCAGUGUCUGGCAGCCAGCCUCCCCCUGCUGGAGGAGGCUCUGUCUCCACAGGGAACCCUCUGGAGUUCCUGAGGAACCAGCCUCAGUUCCAGCAGAUGAGACAGAUCAUCCAGCAGAACCCAGCCCUCCUGCCAGCCCUUCUGCAGCAGCUGGGCAGAGACAACCCGCAGCUGCUGCAGCAAAUCACGCAGCACCAGGAGCGUUUUGUGCAGAUGCUGAAUGAGCCACAAGGUGGAGACAUGGGAGGGGAGGGGGCUGAGGCCCAGGGGUCACCACACACCAACUACAUACAGGUCACCCCACAGGAGAAGGAGGCCAUUGAGAGGUUAAAAGCGCUGGGCUUCCCUGAAGGCUUAGUCAUCCAGGCUUACUUCGCCUGCGAGAAGAAUGAGAAUCUGGCCGCUAACUUCCUGCUACAGCAAACAUGGGAUGAUGAGUAACCAAACGUCACCUGACACAUCACCAUUCGACAGAGGGCCGCAGAGUGGAUGACAGCGCUACACAAGGCCCACAAGGGAGGAACAAGGACAGGAGAGGAAGAGGACAUUUCUUUUCACGCCAUGUGACUGUGGCCUGAUGAUGGUGAUGAUGAUGAAGACAUGCUGUUCAAAGUUAGCUGUGCUGCCUACUCUCCAUUCUGCUGUGAUGAUCAUUAUAGGAGCUCACACUGAGCUGUGCCUCACUGCUGCUACAUCAUUUCUGCUGCCGCUUGUGCCGAGUGAUCACACUGAGAAAAGUCAUGCCCGAAAAAACGCCAGCAGUCUGCAUCACCUUCACAGACCAACAGGCUUUUAUUUAGAGGGUUUCCUCUGCAGUCAGCUCUCAAGCUGCUUGCUGAGCAUGUGUUAAACUUACUGUACAUACACGCUAUAGUAUAUAUAAUGUAUAUCUGUAGUGAAUAUGUACAUGACAAAAACAAAUUUUCAACAUGUGCAUUUGCACACCGUCCAUGUUGGAUAUACCUGAAAAUGUGAUGCAGACUGAUGACUUCACUGUUUGAGAGCUAGCAUUGCUUUAUAUUAAAGUUCAGGUAUGUUCAUUUCAUUUCUUCUGCUUCUUUUAUUCUUGGAAAAAAUCUCAAUCACUCAAAAUAUCUCAGAAUGAAUGAGUCCAAAUGGCACAAAUGAGUUCUUCAGGUCGUGUUUUGACCUGCCAUUAACCAUGCAGCGGUUCUGUGCUUCUGUCCAUGGAAAAUGAAAUCUGCAAGGUGAUUGAAGAGCAGGAGUAUUUACAUUUUUGCCGCCAAUUCCUGCCACAAGGAGAAAAAGUUGAAUUGAAAUGUUAGAAAUGACAGAUAUAAAAUGCUCAAAAUCAAAAUGUUAAGAAAAUAACUCAAAAUUACAACAAUUUAAGUCAAAAUCUUGACUAAAGUAAAAAUUACGAGAUCAUAAGCGAAUGUAACAUAAUUUUGACUUUGAAAGUCCAAAUUUUAACUAUGGCAACAUUUUGUCUUGACUUAGAAAUCAAAAAACGUUGACUUGGUAUCUAUUUUGACUUAAAAGGUCAAUAUUUUACUUUGUAUCCUAUUAUUUUGACUUAUUCAUGGUAAGUCAAAAUAAAACAUUUGACUUAGUAUUUAAUCAUUUUCACAUAGUAUCUCAUAAUUUUGAACCAGAAAGUCAAAAUUUUGACUUUUAACUUAUUAUUUUGAGUCACUAUGAGUAUUAUUUUUAUUUCUGUUAUUCCCAACUUAUUUUUGUGGAAAUGGGCUUCCAAAAACUGAAGACAUUCAAAGUUUGGUGAAAUCGGUCUGCUGUAAGCGGGCGAUUAACUGCGCUAUCGGAAGAGUCACGACACCUUGCACUCUAUUUGGAACAUACAAUGAAUAAGUUGUGCAGUUACAGAAUAUUAGAAUUACUUGUCAUCAAGAGUAUGUGUGCUGUUGUAUUUAGUGGGCACAGCGAGAUGCAGCACUGAAUUGUCUGUGAUCUUUCGCUGUAGAGGGUUUGUUUUGUUAUUUUGCAGAUGAAGUAAUUUGAAGGUUGAUUAUGAAGUGCCACAUAGUAGCUUUGUGAGCUAAACGUUAGAUUAAAAAAAAAAAGUUGUGUUCAUAAUCUAUAUUUCCUUAGCUGGAAAGAUCAAACAUAGUCCACUUCCUUUUUUCAGACAAUCUGUUACUGUUCAAUUUCAUAUCCCAUCUACUAUGCAUCCUAAAGCUGUAAGAGUUUGAGCCAUUGCUCCUUCAUGCCUUAUGGGUUGUUAAAGACUUGAACACGUUUCAUUUUUACAAAUGGUGUUGUUUCAAAUACGGUGUUAAGAGAGUCCGAGGAUUGGUGAUCAUCAUUAGCGUUUUAAUUACUGAUAGUUAAUCAGUUACUGUUUGAAAAGUGGACUAAAGGGAAUUUGAAUAAGUGCUAGAAGCCAAAACAAAAAGAAUAUUUUUUCAGCUUCAGCAUGUGCUUUGCUGUUUCUCCUUUUACUUCUCUUUAUUGUGUUUCAACUGGAAAUGACUGGAAGUUUUGUAUUACAUUGUAAAUGGGGUAUACACACUUUGGAGGAAAAAAGGCACUUUACUGUGACAAAUGCUGCUCUUUAGCUGUGAGAGGCUGUUGGUUGCAUGAGACUGUUAGUUAUUUCUAGCAUGGCAGUGGGUUAGGAAUGAUGAAACCACCAGUGUGGUGUUGCUCUGAUCUCAGUUUAUCUGUUGUUUUCCCCAUUUUGUCAUUGUUUUGUUUUCUUUUGGGGUUUAUAAAAAGAUAUUUACAACCUUAAAUACACCAGUUGAGGUUUUGCUGAAUAGUUGUGAACAACUUUUGUUUCAGCAUUGUGUAAAAUAAAUGGCUUUUACAAAGUG